AUUCUCUCGCACUCUCAAUUCAACUUUUCUGCCAUUUCAUGUCGUUUACUUCAAUUUCGAGUCUUCCUUUAGUGUUACCUCUUUAUUCUGCACCCACUACACUUGUUUUAAUUUGUUUGGUUACGCUACAUAUUAUAUAACGACUAGAAAAUGGUCAUUUCUUUUUGCGGUUGUAAUCUGAGUUCACUGUCAUGAAUUUUACUUUCCCUUAGUGUUUGUUCAUUUGCUAGCUCAACACUUGUACGGCUGUUCUGUUUUGGGUUUAUGAAAGCUUUGGUUUUAGACCAUUGUGCAGCAUGUAAGACUCAUUUAUUGGACAACCAAUUGAUAUGUGUUCAGAAAUUUUCUUUUCUUUGAGUUCGUUUUGUUGUCAUUGUAUACUUAUUCAUUAGCUAUCUAUCUUAAAAGGUCUGCUAGUAAGGCAUACUUGAAAGACGAAAGUUUGAUGCAAAAUUGCAAAGCAAGCUCAAUUCAUAGCCUAUGCAUUUGUUUUGAGUUUUCCUAUAAUAUCUUAUUUAAAAGUUUUUUUUUUUUAUUCUUUGUGUUUGUCAACUUUUUCACCUUGUAGUGAAUCGAUUAUUUUCUAUUUGCAGAUAGAUUGCUUAUUCUACAGUUUUGUUCUCCUUUAAUAGCCCGAAAACAAGUGAAGUAAACAACAUUGAAGAAUUUGUUUGCUUUAUAAUUAUAGAAAUACAUAGCUCCAUUAAAUGUCAAGCCAUGUAUCUGUUUGAGUUGCUACAGGCUUGUUAGGCGCAUUAGGCUCCUCCCCUUACCUGUGUUGAACGUGCGUUGCUUGCCUAAAGUUAGUUCCUCAUCUGUUCUUGUACUAUUCUGCUAUGGUUAUGGAGUUUUUUACUCAACAUUUUCAGUAAAUCAUUAGAUGUGUCCUAGCUCCUUGACUCAAUGCUUGAUGAAUAGCUUUCAUGAUAUUCCUAGAAGUAAAGAAGGGUACAUUUUAGCAGCAAUCUUUUGCCUAUGCUACAAUUUGGUGUUUCUAGUUGAAACAGAUCUUUUGUUUUUUAAGAAGGUUUAUGUAGCACAACACUUUUAAGGUCAUUUUGUGAUGAAAAUUUGUUGAUUGAUAAAUAAUGUUUCAUGCUUUAUAACUUGCAUAUUGAUGGUCAAUUUCAAAUUUAGAAUUACGAGUAGUAGACAUAUGUGUUGCCUUCUGGAAAGGUAGCUUAAAUUCAUGUGCUUUAUGGAUGCAUUUCUAUUUUGGAAUACUAGCUUGUUCUAGGUGCAAGAACUGUCUAUCUGCCAUCAGUCUACAUCUACGGCUCUUCCUAGUGUCAUGGCUUGAAGUGGCUACUUCUAUUCAAGUAGCCAUGAACGUUCUCCUCUAGAUAUCAAAAUAAGCUGGACUGAGAUAUAUAAUGCAUUGUUACUAGCUUGGUGGUAUCCACAUAGAUGUGAAAGACAUGAAGGACUCACUAUCAUCCAUGUAAAUUUGCAGGAUCAUUAUACUGGUAGGCAGCUGUAAAAUGGAGAUAACUUGAGCUAUAGAAAACGGUUUUUAGUGAAACAAAUCUUUUUUGAAAGCUUGCUUAUGGUAGUAUUAAUUUGAAAAAUUUUAGAAUUUCAUCUUGAGUACAAAACUCAUGAUAUAUUUGAGAACACGGCUGCCCUUUUACACGUUAACAUUGAGUUAUAAAAUGAAUUUUGCAGUGGAAGUAAUUUUGUUUGAAAGCUUACGCAAUAAUUUGAUUCUGGAGAAUUUUGGAAUUUCUUGCCCUCUACAUAAUCCCCAGUGAUGUUGUGAAGAUAGCUGUCCUGCUCUAUAUUCUGAUAUAUACAAGUUUACUUUGAAUAUCGGUAACAUGAGUUAGGAAAUCGUUUUUGAUGUGAAAGUAGUGGGGUUUGAAAGAUAAUAAGAUAUAUUUUUAAUAUGUUAAUUCUUAUCAAUUUUAACCAUAAGUAUUGUUCUUGGUGCAUAAAAGUGCAGAACUUAACUAUGCUGAAUUCUUAUAUAGAUCAGCCUACUUUGAAGGAUCAGAACUUGUGCAAGGAAACUCCAUUUUGUGUGAUCUUUAGCUUGUUGGAAAGCUUGGAAAGUCUAGUCUCUUGUAGUAAAAUCUUAGAAAUUAGUUCAUUGUAAGCCAAUGAUGGAAAAGGAGAGAACUAGGUUAAUGAAGUUUUCAAUUCUUGGCAUUUUGAGUUAAUGGACCUUUGACAUUCGUGCCUCUUAUGACAAUUUUUCUUUAUAGAAAAAAUAUGAACCUUUUGUCUAUGAAAAUAUAGUUUGUCUAUAGAGUAUGAAGGUAGAUCUUUUAAAUAUGGUAUGAAUGAAUUAUUCCAUUCACAACUACAAGGAUUGCAAAGCCCAAAGACAUGGAUAAUUGGCCUUGGCUUUAACUGUAUCCCUGGCUUAAAUAAAAAAGCCAUUAAGUUUUUGCCCAUAAGGCCCUUAUGCUGUGGGCUUUUUCGUCCACAUGGCUUUUGAUUUAGUGGGCCUUUUGGCCCUAACUCAUAUGGGCUAGGACUAGGUUUGGGCUUUAAUGACAACUCUAUUCCUUUCAUUAGUGAUUACUUAUAUUUAAUUUUGUGCUGUUUUGGGGAUGAGUGAAAGAAAUAUUAAUAUCAAAUGCUUUGGGUUUUGUUGCUUAUCUCUUCACUUGCUUAUAUCAUCUUGUGUGGUAAGUCUCUGUUUGAACAACACCUACCAUCAGCAACUCGGGAGUGCCAGAACACCACCCCAGCUUUGCAUGUGCAUCAAGAUAAAUAAAUUAGAGUGCAACCAUGGUGGUGAAGAUUCGAUUAGCAAGGCUUGGGUGCAGGAACCACCCAUUCUAUCGUGUCAUUGUUACUGAUAGCAAAACAACAAGAGAUGGCAAGCACCUUGAAGUUUUAGGCUUCUACAAUCCUGUAGCAGGCAAAGAUGAUGAGAAAAGAAUGCGUCUCAAACUGGAAAGAGUGAAGUAUUGGCUUUCUGUUGGAGCUCAACCUUCAGAGCCUGUUGAGCGUCUUCUAUUUCGAGCAGGUUUAGGACGUCAAGGUGGAACAUCUGAUAAAUUCCCUAUUACUGCUCUAAAUGGACAUAACCUGAACCAAGAGCAAUCAAUCAGUGAUGAUCACAAUAAAGACAAUGGUAUAUCUCCAGAAGCUAUAUUUUCUAUUGGCUUACAAGUUGUUUGAAGAGAUUAACUACAGGACAAGACUUUGAUCGAAUUUGUACCUUAUAAAUAGUACCUAGAAACAAACUAAUAGGUGAGCUUGCUAUUGAGACACAUUAAAUUUGUUGUUUUGGUACUUAUGCAUUGGGAUGAUGCCUACAGCAGCAAAAGUAGCUCAUUUGAUUUUGGCGUAUGUGUGCGUGUUUGACAUUGUUGUCUAGUUGUCUUCACCCCAAUUGAUUUUUAUGCUUUGGAAUUCUUCACGGUCCUGGGAAUUGAUUUUGAAAUUCAUACAUACAUAGGUUUAGGAUCAAACGAUACUAG